AUGGUCGGGGUCGGGGAGAUGGUUGCGAGUGCCAUGGUGAAACAAAUCGCUGGCAAGCUUGGUGAUUUGGCUGCAGACGAGGUCGCCCUGCAGUGGGGGUUCAAAGAUGAUGCAUUAAAGAUGGUGGGGAAAAUGGAAGAUCUGGAGGCUGUGGUGCAUGAUGCCGACCAUAAGUUGCGUCACGGAGGAACCAGCGGAGAAGCUGUUGAGCGAUGGCUUGCGAAAUUGAACUCUGUGAUCUAUGAUGUUGAGGAUGUGCUGGAAGAGUUGGCUGCUACGGAGCUCAUUCAGAAAAUCCAACCAAAGCUGAAGCUAUUCUUUUCACGGGACAAUCAACUCUACCAGCGUAUAACCGUACCUCACAAGAUCAAGAACUUGAGGAAGAGAAUAGAAGAAAUAGAAAGGGAUGGGCAGAUGCUCAAUCUUGUGCAUCACGAACAAAAGGUAGAAGGGAGCAGAAACGAUGAAACUUUUGCACCCACCAGUGAUGAAGUCCUGAAAACUCAAAUGGUAGGGAGAGGUACCCAAGUGGACAAGAUAAUCAACCUUCUGUUGAAAAAUGAAGAUAAUGAGCACAUCUCUGUCAUUCCAAUUGUUGGACUUGGUGGUAUAGGAAAGACAACAUUGGCCCAAUCAGUAUUUGCAGACAAUAGAGUGAAGGUAUUCGAUGUGAAGGUGUGGGUUCAUGUGUCUAAGGAGUUUAAUUUGAUUAAAAUUGGGAGUUCCAUCAUCAAAAGCAUAAAUAGCAUUAUCAACCUUGAUAACUGCACUUUGCAGUUUCUGCGUGAUAAUCUGACAAACGAACUUGCAACUAAAAGAUAUUUGAUCGUUUUGGAUGAUCUUUGGGAAGAAAAUUGGAGUGAGUUGGACAAAUUGAAGUUGAUGCUACCACAUGACUGCAAGGGUAGCAAGGUUAUAGUAACUACCCGUAACCAAAGUGUAGUGGACAGCCUGAAUACCGAGUGCACUGACCAGAUAAAUUUGGAUGUUUUGUCACCCAAUGAUUGCUGGAUAGUAAUGAAGCAGAGAGCAUUUAAGCCUGGUGAUAACCCUAGUGUCACACAAGAAAUAUUAGGAAGAGAAAUUGCUGGGAAGUGUGGUGGGUUACCUCUCGUGGCAAAAGCUCUUGGGCAUGUUAUGUCCCAGUUAAGGAAUGUGGAGGCAUGGCAAGCAAUAAGAGAUACACAAGUUGUUCAAAAGACCACAUUGGAGCGCCUUAUGGUUAGUUAUCACUUCAUGAGGCUGGAAUUAAAGAUGUGCUUCACAUAUUUGGCGGCUUUCCCCAAGGGUUUCGUUGUGGACAGUGAUCGUCUCAUACAACAGUGGAUCGCUCUUGGAUACAUUCAUGCAAGGUUUAAUGGUCAAAUUUGCAUAAACUACCUUCUGGGGAUGUCCUUCCUUGAGAUAUCAAGACCUUCCUUGGUCAAUCCAAGUCUAGCACAAGCAAAGAGUCAGGAGCUAACCAUGCAUGAUUUGGUGCAUGAUCUCGCAACAAAAGUUAUGGGCAAUGAAUUCCUUGUCAUGGAUGCUACCAUACCAAGUCUCCCCAACACAGCUAAGAAUCGUAAUUGCCGACAUGCACAAUUGAUCAACUACCAUAACCAAUCAAACGUUUUUAAACAUCUGCCAUCUAAGGUUAGAUCCCUCCAUUUUAGGAAUACUUCAGCGAAACUGCCUUUUCCAACUAAGGCAUUUUUUCGAUCCAAGUACAUACGUGUCUUGAACUUGGACCUAAGUGGAUGUUCAGCUGAAUCAGAUCCUACUCCAAACAAAGAAGUAUUGCCUUCUUCAGUUCUUAAAUUAAAGCUACUUAAGUAUCUUGAUGCCACUGGAUUUCCUUUUGCCUCACUGCCUAAGCCCAUCCAUACACUUCAAAAUUUGCAAAGUCUCGUUCUGUCCAAUUCCUCACUUGAAACCCUGCCUGACCUUAUUUGUAGCCUCCACAAGCUUUGCUAUUUGGACCUAUCUGGCAGUAGCAGUCUUGUUACGUUGCCUGCAUUGUUAGAAGAGAUUACUGAACUCUCUUUCCUCAACCUAUCGGGGUGUUCUAUGCUGAAACAGUUGCCUCGGUCAAUCUGCAAUAUUACAUGUUUACAACACUUAGACAUGUCAAAGUGUUGUGUUUUUCAGCAUUUACCUGAAAAUUUCGGUAGCCUCCCAAAUCUUUUAUUCUUAAACUUGUCAAGUUGUUCAAAAUUAACCAAACUACCUGACAAUGUUAGCCUUGAGUCUUUGGAGCAUCUCGACCUAUCAAGUUGCCAUGAGCUAGAAACCCUGCCACAAGAUUUUGGUAAUCUUCAAAAUCUUGUGUUCUUAAGCUUCUCUGAUUGCUACAAGCUUUCAAUGCUCCCAAAAACAUUUUGCCAGCUUGUUCACCUGAAAGACCUAGAUCUUUCAGAUUGCCAUGGCCUAAGGGAACUACCAGAGUGUUUUGGUAACCUUUCUGAGCUUGACUCUUUGAACCUAACAAGUUGUUCCAAGCUUCAAAUACUGCCUGACUCAUUCUGCAAGUUGUUCAAGCUGAGGCAUCUAAAUUUGUCAUAUUGUAUGAGGCUUGAAAAGCUCCCAUCCUCGAUAGGUGACCUGAAGCUUGAAUUUUUGGACAUCUCCGCUGCAACUUUCCCUGAUUUGCCAUAUAGCCUCUGGGAUAUGACUACACUAACUCAACUUGUGGUCUCGGGAACAGUUGAAAAAAUGAGUGAAAAAGCUCAUGCCAUUAGGAAGCAUCUGAAUUUGCCAGGUACAAUUGUACAUAGUGUACGUCAGAUAGAAGAAAAUGGAUGCAGCAGCAUUGUGGAGUUGGCACAGUUGACCUGCUGUGAAUUGAAAGUUGAACAACUUCAUAAUGUCACACAACGGGAAGAUGCAGAGAGAGCCAAACUGCGUGAUAAAUCAGAUCUGCGGGCACUAGAUCUUGCUUGGGGACCCCAAGGAGAAGAGGACAUUGUGCUGGAGAGGCUUAUACCUCCACGCACUCUUGAACAUUUUGUUCUAGAUGGGUAUAUGAGCAAGGAUUUCCCUAACUGGAUGUCUCACAUCUCCACCUACCUUCCUUCUCUCACCUUUCUCUUCCUUCAAAAUUUACGAACAUGUGAUAACCUUCCGCCAUUUGGGCAACUACCAAAUUUAAGAUACCUAGCUCUGCAGAAUAUUCCUAACCUCACAAAAGUUGGCAGCGAAUUCUAUGGAGAUGGGGGUGGAGCUUGUAAAAAAUUAAGAGUUAUAUAUCUGGAGUCAAUGGAGAAUUUGGUUGAACUGUGGACAACACUGUCUGGUGAAGAAAAUGAAGAGUUCUUAAUCCCUAAUUUGCAUUAUUUGCAUAUAGCGGACUGUCCCAAGUUGAGGUUCCUACCAUAUCCCCCGAGGAGUAUGUUUUGUUACAUGGAUAAUAGCAGCAUGGUUUUGCCAAAAGGGGGAUUUGGGAUGUUUUCAUCUUCUGCUCUUGCUCUUCCUUUUCAGGUGGCAGUAAAAAACUGUAAUUUUGCUCCACACAAGUGGAAUAGGCUUCAACACCUCCCCACCCUUGAGGUAUGUGCCGUUGAUUCCUGCAACGGCUUGAGGGCAUUGCCAGAGGUCUUCCGAUGCUUAACGUCACUAACAAAACUAUAUUUGUGGUCGUUGAAGGACCUGGAGAUACUGCCAGAAUGGUUGGGGAAUCUCACUUCUCUAGAAUACAUUCAUAUCAAAGAUUGUCCCAUGGUGACAUCUUUCCCUACAAGCAUGAAGAACCUUACCGCUCUGACAGAACUACGGUUGAUGCAGUGCAACGGGUUGAGGGCAUUACCUUUAACCUCUCUCACAAUACUAACUUUGUGUUCAUUGAAGGACCUGGAGAUACUGCCAGAAUGGCUGGGUAACCUCACUUCUCUAGAAAAGCUUAAGAUCAUCGAUUGCCCCAGCGUAACAUCUUUGCCUGAUAGCAUGAAGAACCUCACCAAUCUUAGAGAACUAUGGCUGGAGCAGUUCCAAGGCCUAGAAGUACUGCUGGAGGGGCUAGGAAAUCUCAUUUCCCUACAGAAGUUUAUUAUCAUCGAUUGCCCCAGCCUAACAUCCUUACCUGCAAGCUCACGGAACCUUGGUGCCUUGAAGGAGCUGCAGAUUUGGCAAUGUCCGAUUCUGAUUGAGAGGUGUCAAGGGGAGGACGCUGGUCUGAUUUCUCAUAUCCCAAAAGUCACAUUACACAGAGGACCCAGAAGCAUUAGAGAUCAUUACGCUCCUCAGGAGAUAAAGAUUAAGAUUUUCAGUUUUGCUCGGAUUGAGUCGCUCACCGCCCCCGUAAUCACGCACCUCUACUCCAACCUCGGCGUCGACUUCGCACCGGCUCUCCUCCAUCAUCCGCCCUACGGGUCGACUCGAUGGCUGGCUGCAGCGCCUGCCUUGGUAGGCUGCCACGGCCAGCUCGCCUGCGUCGUCACCGCCUCGGCCGACCUGCCUCCAACAACCGUGCGGCACGUCUGCAUGCAGCGAACAUGGGAUGCCUUCUUCGUCGCAAUUGGCUGCCAACGUCUGCACGGUCUCCAUCGCCGGUCCGUCUUCACCGCAAUCGCCCGGGACAACACCGACAAACAGCGCAUCGAUUUCGAUCUGCGCUGCCGUCCACCCCAUGGCGUGUGCAGCGCCGCCGUUGGUAUGAUCAACCGACCGCGCGCACGUCUCCGCUAA